GUCCCGUAGCGUAGCACUACCUUUCACACCGCCCGUCGUGGACGGAGCACACACACAUACAAAUCGACCGAUGGGCCUGGAUGAGAAGAGCGUGGCCAUCGUGGGCGCCGGCGUGAGUGGCCUGGCGGCGUGCAAGCACCUGCUGGAGCGCGGCUGCCGGCCGGUGGUCUUUGAUGCGGGCGACGCCGUCGGGGGCGUGUGGCCGAACGCCAUGGAGGGGACCAGGCUCCAGGCGCCACGGCACAUGUAUCGCUACUCCGACUUCCCCUGGCCGGACUCCGUGACGGAGAUGUUCCCCAACCAGCGCCAGGUCGCCGACUACCUCCACGCCUACGCGCGCCGCUUCGGCGUGCUCGACUGCGUCAGGCUCGGCCACCGCGUGACCAGCAUGGAGUACGUCGGCGUCGCAGAGGAGGAGGUGGUGGCGUGGGAGGAGUGGGCCGGCUGCGGCCAGGCGUUCGGCUCCGGCGACGGGGAGUGGCGCCUCACGGUGGCCGACGACGAAGGUCACAUAGAGGUAUCGACAUGAUAUGCUACUACUGCGCAAACGUUUUUCCAUAUAGGAUUAGGAUGAUGAUAUUCAAGUACAUAUAAACUUGGUACAAUUUGGUUUGUUCGUGGUCAUGGUCUUCAAGAUCUUCUGACCACAAAAUCCAAUCUUGCUGAGCCUUCUUGAUUCGAGCUUGCUCUCAUAAUCACAUAGCAAUGGGAGUCGAGUGUUGAGGGAAGAAAUGUCAUGUAUGGAGUUCUCAAUUCUUUAUAGAUAAGCAUGCACCCACGCAACCACCACCU